AUGAAUACAAUUUUAAGCCAAAUCAAAGUCUAGUAAUCCAUGAGAACCAAUGUGAUCCCUUUUUCCUAAAUCGUAGUAGCCUCGUGCUGUGUAUUUUUGAAGGCUCGGCAGAGAAGAAAGCAAAUCAUUCAUUUGUAGUCCCUUUUUUAUCGGAACCGGUAACGUUUUGAAGUCAGUAAAAAAAAAAAAAACCCCAAUGGAAAAAAAAUUUGAAUACGGUAAAAUCGAAAGUAGUGAUCCGUGGCGUAAAAAAUUGGAACAAUUGGACAAAAUGGAGAAAGUGUACAAGGCGCAUCAGGCUGCCAAGGCCGCUGCCCAGGAGGCAGACGCGGUGCCAGCUGUUCCGCCAUCCAAAGUUCAUGGCCCGGCGAGUUCUGCGAAACAGAGCGAUGAUCUGUACGGGUCAUCGAGGCGGGACUUUCGUCGCGAGGCAACUCAGAUGGAGAGGCGUCGACAGAUCGAAGAGACGAAUAGAAGAAUCUGGUACGAAGAGCACUGCGAAGAGCUGGAAUACGAACUGGAAGGGGCGGAAGAGGCCUCUCAGCUGGAGCGCAUGCGGACUAAGCGUAUGAGUCAUGGGCUUAAGGGAGAGCAUGGCGCUGAAGAGAAUGAGCAUAAGAGGUCUAAGCUUAGAAGGCAGGAGCUUAAGAGAGAGCAUGACUCUGAAGAGAAGGAAAGAGAGGCUCUACAGCUGGAGCGCACGAGGACUAAGCUAAGAAAACCGGAGUUUAAGAGAGAGCACGAUGAUGAAGAGAAGGAAGAAGCUUCACAGCUGGAGUGCAUGAGGCCUAAGCGUGUAGUUCAAGAGCUUAAGAGAGGUCAUGACUUCAAGGAGGAAGAAAUGGAAGCUUCAAAGCUAGAGCGUAUGAGGACUAAGCGUAUGAUUCAGGAGCUUAAGAGAGAGCAUGACGCUAAGGAGAUAGAGAUAGAAGCUUCCCAGCUGGAGCGUAUGAAGACUAAGCUCAGAAUUGAGAUGCUCCAGAGAGAGCUCGAGAAGGAGAAAGCCAAAGAGCUUCUUUUAGAGCAGAAGUACAGAGAAGCCAAGUCGGGGUAUAAAUGGGAAAGAGCGGAAAAGACUACCAAGGACCUCGAGCCUAGCCUAAAGACGGCUGAACCAACAGUAACUGAGAAAGUGAAGAGAGAAGUCGAGCGCCGUGAGAAGCACGAAAGGCACGAGGCCAAAGAGAAGAAAAGAGAGGAAGAACUAGACCAAAGAGCUGACGCUUUUGAAGUUAAGAGAAGAGAAGAGCGAGCCACCCAGCAAAGAAAGGAUAAGAUUCGCGAGGCUGAAGAGCUUCAGAGAAAGUACAAAGAGCAGAAAGAGCGCGCCGAGAGAAAGCGGAAAGAGAUUCAAGAUGCUGCAGAGCUUAGGAGAAGAGAGGCGGAAGCGCUCGAGACGAAGAAUGCCUUGGAGAGACGGGGUCUGAUCAGAAAUUGGUUGAUUGAGAGAGCUGUCAAGGACCAUGCCGGGUCGCUGACCAAAAAACAACUGAAAGAGCAACUGAAGGACGAACCGCUAGAGCGAGAGAUUGAAGAGCUGCUGCGCCGGAAGCUGCAGCAUCGAGAAGCCUUGGAGAGAAAGAGAGUAGAGCGCCGUAGAUUAGAGAGGGCUGGACAUUAUGAACCAAGACAGGACGCAACACAGAAUGAGAGAGAUCAGGAGAGAGUUUUAAGAGAGAAGGGGAGAGUUUCAGAGCGAGAGGGAGUUUCGAGAUAUCAUGAGCGGGUGUCGGGGGGCCAUGGAGCUGAUAGAUAUCAUGAUAGGGCUCCUGGCGAUCAUGAGAGAGUUGUAGGUCAUGAGAGAGUUUCAGGAGAUCAUGAGAGGCCUUCAGAUCACGAGAGAGCUGCAGGAGAUCACAAAGUUGACAGACAUCAUGGAUAUGAGCACAAGAGAGUUUCAAAAGAGCACGAUAGGGACUUGAGCGAUCAUGAGAAGAGUGUGUCGAUAGAUUAUGAUGGGAACUCAAAGGAUCAUGGGACUAUUUCAACAGGUUCCGAUGGGAACUUAAAGUAUCUAGAGAGUGUUGCAAUAGAUUAUGAUGGAGGUUCGGUAGAUCAUAAGGGAGAUUCGUCAGAUCGUGAGAGGGACCCGUUAGACGAAAGAGACCAAGAUAGUGCUGAAAGAGACCAUGAGAGCGUCGAAAGAGAUCCUGCCAGCUCGGAAAGAGAUGAUGAUGAUGCUCCUGAAACGAAGAGAGCCGGAGGAGACCCUAGAAGGUUUGUCAGACAGUUCCAGUGUCCGGAGGACGACCAGUCCGAGGCGGACCGAAUCAUGGAGGUGAUUGCCCAGUCCGAUGAUCCUGUGGCAGUCUGCAGCGUGUACUUCCGUGACAGCCACCAUGACCCCCAGGACACCUCCCUCACCAGCUCCCAGUACGGCCUGAAACGCACCCACUUCUUCGAAACGGCCCAGAAGCUCUACACUCUCCAGGCCAAGAUGGAUGCCCUGGUGGAGGGCAUUGCCGAACGCCGACAGGGCCUGGCAGCAACCAAAGAACACCUCAACCGGCAGGAACUCCAGGCACAGGCUACGGACCAGAGUCCUUCGGAGAAUCGGAAGAAAGGAGAAAGUCAGAGACGCCGCAGGAGACUUGGCGGAGAACGCGGCGUGCGUUGCAGUUCCAGCAACGAUGUCUCCCGACCUUCCGAUGUCGAAGCGGACGACGAGGAGGUGGACUCCGUGGAGGAGCUUCUUCCGGUGGGGCGGGUGGUCACCUCGAGCGACGAGUGGAUGGCCAGGCCGAAGUUCUCGCUGCUGGGCCGGUUCUGUUCCCGCAGGAACACCUAUGUGGUCCAGCCGUUGUCGAAGAUCCCCAGGCCUGUCCGUAAGAUUCCUGGAGCCAUUCCCCAGGAGGAGCCCCGUCACGGUCACCAGCGGCUGUGCGGCGGCGAUGACAGCCAGCCAAUUGGAGAUCAGAACUGGAUUAAAUACAACGAAGUGGUCGAGGUGGAGGAGUCCAAGCCGGAGAGUCCAUCCUACGACCAGCUGUCGCACAAGGACCUCGGCGACAAUCUGAAGAGGCAGAUGUCCAGCUGCGCCCGACGACUGAUGGCGAUUCUGAGGACCUCCGACGAGGGCGAGUACUACUCUGAUGGCCAGGUCAGUGGUGGAGUCACAGAGGGUGUGUUUGGGGAACUCGCAUCACCCCUCCUGUCCAGCAACCAGGACCUGGGCAAGAAGCUACUGGCCAUUGCGGUGAAGCUGAACCAGCACGUGGACCACUUCGUGACGAACUGUGCCAUCUGUUCGAGGAAGUGGCGGUCCUACGAGGACCUGAAGACUCGGGUGAUGGAGCUACUGGCCUCCGAGGAAGAGCUCGACGGCUCCGAGUCCCUGGUCCAGAAGUGGUGGUUCUGCUGCCGUGCUCUCUACCUCCUGCGGGACAUCUUCUCGGAGUUCGGCGACAAGAGGGUGCUCCUCGUUCGGGAGACCCUCAAGACCAUCGACUGGUUCUACAAGGAGUGGUGUACCCAGAAGACCGUUUCCGAGAACCUAUAGUUCGAAAUUUCAAGUCUUCCAAACAGAUUUUAGUUUCAAAGUAAGAAUAAACGUAUCAGAUACUUGGGGUUUA